AUGAGUAAAAUAAUGGGUGUUAUUAUGUCGAGGCUAUCAAAGCCAGCUAAAGCUUUUAAUAUUGAAAAUAGAGCUGCGAAAAUUUUAGAAAGAGAAAAACCAAUACCUGCUCCACCUCAUCCAUCUACUGCUCAGCAAUUAAAGAUUUCUCGAGAAGUUGAUCCUAAUUUUUUGGAGAAUCAUUAUAAAAAAGAUGAAGAAUUGUAUGACAGAUUGAAACAAGUGUUUGUUUCUUCACACAUUGAACAUAAAAUUAUUGAUCAAGAGUCUGAAGCAAAAAAGCCGAAGAAUAAAAAAUGGUCUCAAGAUUUUGAAUACGGCUUUUGGGAACCUGAAAAAAUACCAGAGGGUAGGUGUCAAUUGAAGACAGCAUUGCAAUUUAUGGCUGACUAUCAAGCAGACUCGAAAAAAAAUUCUAUUGAAAGUAUAGCGAUGAAAUAUAAACUGGACCCGGCUGAUGUCAAGAAUAUUAUUAAGUACUACAGAGUAUUCCAAGUAGUCCAGCCGAAGGAUAGUAAGAUGUUCGUACCAAGAGAAGAUGCAAAACCGCUGAUAGAAGAAAAAUAA